AUUCCUACCGUUUGUACCUCGCCAGUUGCCGUAUUCAUUGAGAAAAACAUGGCUACCCACAGAAGAAUGGCAUUUUUGUGUUUAGCUCGAAUAAAUGUUCUUGGCCUACAGAAAUCGGUUAACAGAGUCGCAUAUGCGACGGCUUUGUCUGUAAAAUCUUCUACUGGAAAUAAACGUCUUCCAGAUAGAAGCAGUAGGAAAUCCAUGGGUAGAAAGAGAGAUGUAGAGGAGCCCAGGACACAAAAGAUGCCAGUGGAUCAGGACUGGACUGCAGUUUAUCCAGCUGCAGCACCCUUCAAAGCAAAUGCAGUCCCUCUACCAGUUAGGAUGGGCUACCCUACGAAGGGAGGUGUUCCGCCAGAGAAAAGGGGCAACUUGGAGCUGAUCAAGAUACCAAACUUUCUGCAUUUGACACCGGCAGCCAUCAAGAAACACUGUGAAGCUCUGAAACCAUUCUGUACAGAAUGGCCCUCUGCCUUGGACACUGAUGCCAAAUGUGACGAACACUUCCCCAUCAAAGUCGAAAGCACAGACUACGUGUCUGCUGGCCCAUCUCUCAGAAACCCUUUAGCUCGUAUUGUUCACCUCAAAGUAAAGCUGUCCAGUUUGAAUUUGGAUGACCAUGCACGCAAGAAAAUGCUCAAACUUGUUGGGGAGAGAUACUGCAAAGAUACCGAUGUCCUCACCAUCACAACUAACAGCUGCCCACUGAGAAAGCAGAAUCAUGACUAUGCCAUGUACCUACUAACUGUCCUUUACCACGAGUCCUGGAAAACAGAACCCUGGGAGGCUGAGAAGACCGUGGCAGACAUGGAGGAGUACAGCUGGGAGGACAGCCCAUCCCAAAAGAAUCUUUUAGAUAUGCUAUUACGCAUGAAAGUGGCCGGGGAAGGAGAAGGCGAGGAAAUGCAAGAGCAGCUGCUGAGAAGAAGUGAGGUGCAGGAGUAUAAGAACUCGGUCGUAAGGUUGAAGAACGAAGGGGACAGUGAGAGCGCCAUGCUGCAGUACAAAGAGGCCGUCAAGAAAAUACUCAACCUGUAAUACAGCUCAAUGAACAAAUGUAAUUACAUGAAGGCGGUCACCGACAGCAGUAGGGAUCUGUAGCAGGUUCUACUAAAUAUUUUUAAAUGCAGUUUGGGUUUCAUCUACCUACCAGUAACACAAGAGUUUACUGUAGAUCGUUACUGCUCCAGUAUACAUCAGUCUAUUACAGCCUCGUGGGUCUCAGAUAAUGCAUUUAUUUUCCAAAAUA